UAGGUAUAGGUAUCGGUGACAUUUGGUUGACAGGAAAAUCGAAUCUCUUCAACUGAAAAAGAAUUAAAUAUUAAAAUAUUAACAUAAAACGCUUGUUCUGCGUCUUUCUUUAUACUUUUGAGUUUAGCAUUUAAAUAUCAUUUUACUUCUGAGUAUUAUGUUACUCUUUGACGAAAGAACUGCUUGUAUGGAGUAGCUUCUGAGUACUUACGCUCCGUUAUACCAGCCAGACCUAUAGCAUAAAGUAGCUCUCCAUAUCCAUCAGCGUGCAGUUUAAUUGGCUUUUUAUAUCGUCAAUUAAAAGCGAAUUGUGUCUGUGGGGUGUUUAAAUUAUAAUUAAUCUGAAAUGGAUUUCAAGAUGCACGAGUUUACCCACGCUUUAGUGGGCAAGGCUACUCCAGGAUCCAGUUGUGGAGAUGGUAUCGAAUUCGACGAAGUACGACGGCAACAUGACUGCUAUUUGAGACUCCUGAGGGAGUUGAAUUUAGAAGUGGUUGAAGUCAAUUUGCAAGGUACAUUGAGUGAUAAGCUAUUGCUAGAAAAUCUGGCCAUUGCUUGCCAUGGUAUUGCCCUUCUACCAAGGAACAACUCUUCUAUUGAAGCACACAAUACAAAAAUUUUGAAAGAAAUUUUGCAAAAAGAAUUGGGUCAGACUGUUAUUGAUCAAGUAGAUUCAGAUGCCAAUAUUUCUUGUGCUGAUGUGUUGUUUACAGGCCGAGAGUUCUUUGUUGGCAUAUCUGAUAAUACAAAUGAAGCAGGAGCUAGCGCUGUAGCUGAAACUUUUCCUGAAUUUCCGUGCACACCUAUUAAGAUAUCAAAAGGUUGUAAGGAUUUAAAGAAGUACAUCACAAUGGCGGGCCCUGAUGUAUUAUGUGUCAGCGCUAGCAAGGAAGCCAAAGAAUUGCUUAAGAGAAUCGAACGCGAAGCUAACUUCACUUAUCAAACUUUGACGGUUCCCGAAGACGAGGCUGCCAACUGCGUUUAUGUUAAUGGCACUCUAAUACAUAGGGCUAUUGAGGAAAUUCCUGAAGCAUUCAAGGUCUUCUGUGAAAGAAUCGACUUUGCUAGAAGAUCUAUUUGUUAUUCGGAGUUUGCGAAGAUGCAGGCCGGUUUGAGUUCGUGUUGUUUGCUAGUAAGAAAACCUUAAAUGUAUUCAGAUCUUUGUGUGUGGAGCUCGAUACACCUACACGUCUGCUUUGUAUAAAUAGGUAGUUUUCUAGCUGGAACUAUCUAAAUUAAAUAAUGAUAAUAGUUCUGAUUGUACAGUUUCACUGAGAUUAUUAAGUUCUGAUAAUUGACAAAUCUGAUAACGGACAUCCAAUGCGAAUGGUGUAGGUGUUAUUGAAACUCCUAGGUAAUGUUUUUAUUUAAUUUUAUUUACCUUGGCCCAAUAUCACUAAACUGAAAUUGUUUUAAACAAAUAAAUUGCGAUCUGAGUUUAUUUAAUGAUUUUAAAUAAAUAGUAUUACACCACUAUAAAUCAUUAAGGGCUGAUUUUCAGUGGUUACAUAAAAGUUACCUGGGGAAUAAUUAUGAUGCUGUUGCGUCAGAAUGUUUGUAUAAGACAGUGACAGCAACAAUUUUGCUCCUCAGAUAACCUUUAUGUUACUAUUGAAAAAUCAGCUCAAAAAAAACAUUACGAACUAUCCUACCUCAAAGCACAUACUAGCUAUAUGAAUACAGUGCAAUAAUAUUUAUUAAUAUUUCACCUAUUUACCAGUAAUUAUUCCUAAAAAUACAAAAUUUUAGUGAAAUUGGGCUUUAUUUAAUUAACGUAAAAACUUAUUUUUGAGCUUAUUCUGCAAUUUUUUUCUCACAUAAUGUCUGACACCAAUGACAAUAAAAUAAUGAAACAAUAAGUAAACAAAAUAAUUAUUGCGAAAUUACUGGUUUAACCUUAAUUAGAUUUUCUGUAUUCUGUCAUAGAGUGGCAUAAAAUGUUAUUGUAAGCAAUUUUGAUACAAUAUAUGACACAUAGGUAUGUUGUUAAAUGAUGCAUUUAUAAGAACCUACAUGUUAUUCUUCUUAAAUCAUCAAUUCAAUAUAUAUCUGCCUUUAAAACUUUUAAUGUGUCAUAAAAAUCUAUUUGCCAAAAUAUUUAAACACUUUAUACUAUAAUAGCAAAUCUAUCAUUCUUGAUAGCUACGCUUCUUUCGACCUUAAUAUCUUUAUACAGGUACUUGUACUACUUUGUAUCUAAAAAAAAUAUUUAAUGGUUGUUAUUUGUCACAAAUUGAUAUAAAACACACCAUUCGACCGACCACAAAACCGGUCAGCUAUCCGUGGUUUUCAUACAAUAUCUUCCUUGUUUCUUCCCUCGUAGUUUCGACCUGUAUCUCUAGAUCUGUUGACCUUACUAAUAUUAUUAAUAUUAUCUAUUAAGCCUAAGCAUC